GAAAUGACAGAAACGUGGAUUCAGUCAACUGCUCGCAACCUGGUCUUCCAGAUCCUGAAGCGCAUCGAACAAGGGCGUUUGACAAUCGUGACCGAGUACGAGAGCGGCAAGAAUGAAAGCGUCUCCUUUGGCAGUGAUGACUCCAACUCAGAGCCCGAGAUCGUCGUCGUCAUCAAGAAUCCGCAAGUCUUUGUUCGGUUAUGCCAGGCCUUUGACUUGGGUCUGUCGGAGUCAUACAUGGUCCAGGAUGUAGACUGCGACAAUCUCAUCGGACUGUUUUCACUUUAUGUGAAGAACCAGCACGUUAUAGGGGCCUCUGGCGGCAACUUUCUCUACACACUGAUACCACGAGCAGCUCACUAUCUCAUUCCGUCAAAUGACACCACAAAUGCUCUCAAGAAUGCGUCGUUCCACUACGAUACUUCCAACAACCACUUUGCCGGCUUUCUCUCGCCCGACAUGAACUACAGCUCCGCCAUCUGGUCGGGCGAGCCAGGGGAAUCGCUGGAGUCUGCUCAACGCCGCAAGAUCCAGAAUAUUCUAGACAAAGCAGAGAUCUCACCCAGUCACCACGUUCUGGAUAUCGGAUGCGGCUGGGGGAACCUGGCCAUUACGGCUGUCCAGCAGACGGGAUGCCGAGUGACGGGACUGACGCUUUCGAAAGAACAAAAAAUCACUAUUCUGCUGUGCGAUUAUCGAAAGGCGCCCGUUCCAAAAGGUGGAUAUGACAGGAUCAUCUCUAUUGAGAUGCUGGAACAUGUGGGAGACAAGUACAUGAACAAGUACUUUCAGCAUAUCUCCAAUUAUCUAGUGCUAAAGGGAGGAAGGAUGGUAGUCCAAGGCAUCACAAGAAUCAACCCUUACAAUUCGACCGGGGGAACAGUCGAGAACUUUAUAGAUCGCUACAUCUUCCCCGGAGGAUAUCUCCCGAGCAUCAACCAGCUCUUGACAUCGAUACACAACGGCUCUCAAGGCCACCUGGAGGUGGAGACUGUUCAGAGCAUCGGCCCUCAUUACAUCCGCACGCUGCAGUGCUGGAGAGAGAACUUUGAUGCAAACUGGGAGAGCAUCCGGCAGGACUUUGUGGCCAAGAACGCGAGCGCCACGGAGACGGCGAUUGAAGCCUAUCGUCGACAAUGGGUGUAUUACUUCCAGUACUGUGAGGCGGGUUUCAGGACUCGCAUUCUGGGAGACUAUGUCAUUUCUGCUACUCGAACGCCUUGGCCUGAGAUUCCGGCGAAUGUGCCGCAUUAGACGAGAUAUA